UGUUGCGGUUGAUUUCACAGAAACAAAAACGAGAUCUGCUUCGGUUCUUCUUAUUAUGAAUGGCCACAUUCUACCUGGAUGGCUCAACACUCAGUCAUCCGUGGAAUGUCUGCCUCGUACCGUAUUACCUGUUAGUUGCUUGCUGAAUUGAGUAACACGUGGUUGGCUUCUGUUGUUGGUGCAAACAACUUUUCUAGUGUUUGGCUGAAAUAUUUUAGUGUAAAUAUGAAUAAUGUCUAUAAUCCAAAAGAAAUUUACUCCAUCCGAGGCGAUAUGUGCUACGAUAACAAAAUCAUGAUGGUGACUACGCCCCCUGAAGGAGGUUUAGGCGAAGUGGUUAUUCAAAAUAAAAUAGGUCUCGAUAAAAGCAGCGAACUCCACAAAAGAUCGAAAUUGGGAAAAUUGCGAGCGCGCCUGCGUAUACCAAUUUUGGUUGAUAUCUUCAUAAUAGUAACAGUUGGAUUACUGAUAGGGUUAAUCGAAUUUGGCGUCAUUCCCAACACCAAACAGGGUUUCAUAUGUAAAGAUCCGAAGAUAUCUCACCCCUUUCGAGGAGACACAGUUACGAUGACAACUUUGUUAAUAACUGCUUAUUUUGGACCUAUUUUAAUAAUAACACUAGUGGAAAUGUUAAAAGAAAAUUCCUUGAAAAAAGUGUGUGUAGGAACUGUGUGGAAUUAUUACAAAGAGUGUCUAAUAGGAGCAACUUUAGUUCUGCUGAUAACGGAAGUCAUUAAAGUUGUAAUGGGAGAACCAAGACCACACUUCUUGGAUUCUUGUGACCCAGAUGCGAAUAGGAACUGUACACAAGGAACUUUGGUGUUCGAUUACAACUGUACGAACACGGGUUUAAGUAAUUUUUUUAGAACCGAUAUUACUAGAUCGUUUCCUUCUGGACACACCUCGGUUUCUUUAUUUAUCGCCCUUUAUUGUUCAUAUUUAGUCCAAAUUCGUAUACCUACAAAAUCUGUAGGCACUUUGACGAAACCGUUCCUAAUUGCCGUGUGCCUUACGUGGAGUCUUUUAUGUUCACUGUCACGAAUAACUGACAGGAGACAUCACUGGUGGGACGUUCUAGCAGGGGCAUUUCUAGGAAUUUGUGGUGCUCUCUACACUCUUAGUUUACUUCAUAGUAAGGAGAGAAAACAACGAACGAGAAACAGAGUUAGUAGAACGAGCACGACUAUGACCACGUUGUCAGAUAUAAAACCCAGGGACGCUCCUAGUAAUGUCAUCAUAUGAGCUUUGAGUGUAUAGUACAAUUUUUGUAAAAUAAUUUUUAAGACUUUUCAUUGUACGAUGGAAAUUUAUUUAUUGUAUAUUUGUAAAUAUGUAGUUAGAAUUAAAUAUUAAUGUCAGUAUUA